UGACCCCUGCAAGCUCGACCCCACGACUCGCAGCGAGUUCAGCGAGAGCACAGUAUGCCCCCAGAUCGCCCGCAAGACGACCGCGAGCCGGCAUCAAGUCGCUCAUCAGCACUUUCGAAGGCAUUGCGCAUGCUCAACGUGAGGAUGCCGAGCUAUCACGCUCGCUCAAGCGAAGAACGUCUGACGAUGAGAUGCUGACUCUGCCUCGAAAGAGAAGCAGACAAGCUGCCUGAAUGCAUCCAUCUCUGACAUGACGCGCAUUGAUGCGUGUCCUCGUUCUUUGGUUUGUAAUUGGGACUUCCACCGCACCGUCAUCGCGUCAUCAGCGAAGAGCAGCAUCAGAAGCGAGCUACUGGCCGCCGAGCGGGCCGCUGCCCUGGUCCCGCAUCACUGCUGAGCAUAUACAGCCCAGCAUGAUUCGAGCGCAGCCAGGCAGCGAGUGCACCGUCUUGGCAGGUGACCAUGCCGCGAAUAUGCCAGACACGACCAUCAAGGGCGCUAUAGCAGCCUCAAAGUCAAGCGUGCGACAAUCCACCGAGCUACCAAUGCCAGGCAGACCAGGCCACCUGACGGACGAUCAAGCGAAAGGACUUGCAGAGCUCAAGAAGCUUCUGUCUGAGCAUCUAUCAGCUCACCCAACGACGCCCUUUCGACGAGAGCUACUGACAGAUGACGGCUACCUCUGCCGGUACUUGAGAGCCAGGUCUUUCGAAGCUCACAAGUCCAAAGAUCUACUCCUCAAGAGUGAGGCUUGGCGCAAGGAUUUUAAGUUGGACGAGCUCUAUUCGACUUGGAACUUUCCUGAGCAACGACAAGUCAAGAAGCACUGGUCUGUUUACUUUCACAGCACGGAUCGAUUUGGACGGCCGAUAUGUGUCAACCAUGCCGGUGUCAAAGACUACAAAGCGCUUUGCAAGAUCGUUUCGCCUGAACGGUUGAUACAAAAUUUCGCAGUCGAGGUUGAAACAACGAUCAAGCGACGCUAUCCAUCCUGUACAAAAGCAAAGGGAUCGCUUGUUGAUUGCUCUUUGCUCAUUCUCGACCUCAAAGACAUCAGUCUCUCCCAAUUCUAUUCGAUGCGUUCAGUCAUCCAUACUCUGUUGACAUUCUCGCAAGACGUCUUUCCGGAAACUUCAGGCCGCAUCAUGGUUAUCAACGCUCCCACUGCAUUCACUUACAUCUGGAGCUGGGCGCAAAGUUAUCUUGCUCAACGGACGAUCUCGAAGAUCAGCUUUCUCGGACAUGACUACUUGCCGAAGCUUCUGGGUGCGUAGUUUGUAUGCCACCCUGACUGCGCUGACAGAUGGGCGAGCAGAGAUAGCCGACAGAGAUGCACUGCCUCGUCAGUUGGGCGGCACCUGCAGGCAAUGCCCAGAAGGCUGCGAGCAUUCAGAUCUUGGUCCGUGGCACUGACG